AUGCCCGAAAACGGAGUUCCUCGCAAGUCGUUGUCUUUCUUUCGUUCCUCCAAUCGAGCAGUAGACAAUGCAAGUCAAUCCUCAACCAAAAUUCGUGCAUUGGGACGAGCAGUGUCCAUGGUGAAUGCGAGCAAGGAUACAACACGCAACAGCAGCGAAUCUCAAGAGGGUGAUUCGGAAGCUUCAACCUUCGAGAGCCCGACACAACGGCUUUCCUUCCGCGUCCUUAACCCAGACCCACAUACCAGCACAAGCAGCAGCACUGAUAGCAGCAGAAUCAACAAUGACAGCGCUUACGACAAUGAUGAAGAAGAAGAAGAUGAAAUUGUGGAAGAGAUUCAUUAUAAGCAGGAUGAGGAAGAGAUUCAUUUACAAGAGAAAACAAUGGUAGCCGAAGAUGAGAUGACUAAAGAGGAACCAACAACAACAACAACACCAGCACCACCCCCAACACCUUUGCAUGCGUUAUCAACACCACCCACCACCGAGUCCUCGUCAUCUUCUCCCGAUAUGAAAAAGGCACAAGGUGACAUUGUUGGAGGAACAACAAGGUAUUCUCAAGGAUGGAAGAUCAUCGGCAGCACACCCGAAGAAGAUGAACAGCUACAACAACCCUAUCAACGACAUUCUAAAGUGAUGGAAUUGGAAGAAUCAUUACCACCUACACCACAGCUUACCACCAAUAGACCACGCGUGAGCUUUGAUACAAUGCAUAACUCAUCUGAUGGUGGGUCAUCAGCUUCGCCCCUGUCACCAACAUCGCCAACAAUGUUCCCGAUGUAUCCACAGCAACAACAAUCUCCUGUCAUUUACCAGGAUCCCCGUCGGUUGAGACAUCCGCCACGUACAACACGAAGUCGUCCUAUGGCAUUCAUUCAACAACAGCAACAACAACACCUUCCUCUUCCUCCACGUCAAUCAUUCACUUCCACUUAUGGUCAUUUCAUCUCUUCUUCUUCAUCGUCAUUGAUAUCACCACGAUUAACAAACACCACUGCACGAAAGAUACAACAUCCGAUCACUCAAUCAAAGUAUGCAAAAGCGUCGUACAGCCUGACAAAUCAUCCAGAUGCAAUCAAGACAUAUCGUUCUAUGGCUGAGAAGACUCGAGAUCCUAUUGUUCAGCUUAGCUAUGCAAAAUACCUUCUUGAGAUUGCUGACUUGUACGACGGUCAACAACAUACAUCAAAUGAUGCAACAUGUAGCUCCACAAGUGUAUCAUCAUCAACAUCACAACGGCUUUCACUCGAUGGGUAUGAUCCAGCAACAUCACGUACAUCUUUGGAUACAAUUCGUUCAGCGCCAUCCUUAUCAACAACACCCACACAUCGAUUGAGUGAUGCUAGUCGACGCAAAAAGAAGAUGUUACAGGAUGAAGGUGUACGAUGGAUCAAGUUAUUGGCCAAGAAGAAUGUGGGAGAAGCAGCUUAUUUGCAAGCUCGAUGGUUGGAUCGUGGCGAAUAUGGUUUCUCAAAGAAUCCCAGCAAAGCAUUCAAGCUCUACAAGGUGGCAGCUGCUGAGUUUGUACCCGAAGCUAUGUAUCAAGUGGGCAAAGCUUACGAAAGGUCAGGCAACACAAUGCAAGCCUUGUCAAACUAUCAAGGGGCUGCCGAAAAGGACAUAGUUCAGGCUAUUUAUCGAAUGGCAAGGAUCCAUCUUCUCGGUGAAUUGGGUCAACGACGCAACACUUUUCUUGGAUUGGAGCUAUUAACGCAGGCCGUUGAUCGUGCUACGGAACAGUGUCCCGAACCUCCUUAUCUUCUUGGUUUAAUUUUGACCGGUGCAUAUCCCAAGGUGGAAUUAUCCACUGAGCUUAUUCAUCGCUAUGGAGGAGAAUUAGCUGCAUUGCGUCAUAUUGAACAUGCUGCUCAGCUUGGUUAUGGUCCUGCUCAGUCAAGAAUCGCAUACAUUUAUGAACAUGGUCUCUAUGGUGCUCCUAUGCAUUUUGCAAAGAGUUUUGGAUAUUACGAUAUGGCUGCGCGAGAACACAACUCCCCUCAAGCCAUGUUGGGCCUUAGUCGCCUUUACAAUCGAGGAUGCCGUGGACCCGCUGAUAUACUCACAGAAGAGGAGAGGCUUGCACGUGAUGUCUCUGAAUGGUUAUCUGCUACGACACGCAACGAAGAUGCAGCUUUCAGGUGGUGUGAAAAAGCAGCCGAUCAAGGAUUGGAUGAAGCCGUGUUUCUGUUAGGCUGGUACUACGAAACAGGUGUAGGCGUAUUGAGGGAUUAUGAACGUGCAAAGCAAUUAUACCAAAAGGCUGCCAACAAGGGCCACCAGGGCGCUGUAGAACGGCUUCAAAAAGCAAAUUCAAUGACACGACAGCAGCAUGAGAGCACCAAACGCAAUAUCCGCACUUCAAGUUGUGUCCUCAUGUAA